GCCUCGCCUCUGAACGCUUCCCGGAGCCGACGGCGCGGCUGCGGCGCGGCCAAAAAGCCCUGGCGCCGCCGCCGAAGAGGCGAAGUAAGGCGGCGGCUGCGCCCCGCAUCAUGGAGGGCAGCCCAGCCCCAGCCUCAGCCCUGGUCGCCACAGACAGCCUCCGCCGCCCGCGUCCCGUCAGCCGGCUCCCGUUGUUUCUCUCUGGGCGCCGUCCCCUCCUCACCUCGAGGACAACAUGAAGGAGACCCGGGACCAGGGGGGCGCCCCUUUCUGCACGCGCCUCAACCUCUCCUACUCGGGCAUGUGGGCGCCCGAGCGCUCCGCUGAGGAGCAGGGCAACCUCACGCGCUCCCCGGGGUCCAGCGAGGAUUGCGGCUCGGUGUCCGUAGCCUUCCCGAUGACCAUGCUGAUCACUGGCUUCGUGGGCAACGCGCUGGCCAUGCUGCUGGUGUCGCAGAGUUACCGGCGCCGGGAGAGCAAGCGCAAGAAGUCGUUCCUGCUGUGCAUCGGCUGGCUGGCGCUCACCGACAUGGUCGGACAGCUGCUUACCAGCCCGGUGGUCAUCGUCCUGUACCUGUCCCACCAGCGCUGGGAGCAGCUCGACCCGUCCGGGCGGCUGUGCACCUUUUUCGGCUUGACCAUGACCGCCUUUGGGCUCUCCUCUCUCUUCAUCGCCAGUGCCAUGGCCGUCGAGCGGGCGCUGGCCAUCCGGGCACCGCACUGGUACUCGAGCCACAUGAAGACGAGCGCCACCCGCGCGGUGCUGCUUGGCGUGUGGCUGGCGGUGCUCGCCUUCGCCCUGUUGCCGGUGCUGGGCGUGGGCCAGUACACCAUCCAGUGGCCCGGGACGUGGUGCUUCAUUAGCACCGGAACAGGGGGCAACGAGACUAGCUCCGAGAACAACUGGGGCAACAUUUUCUUCGCUUCUGCCUUUUCCUUCUUGGGGCUCUCAGCGCUGGUUGUUACCUUUGCCUGCAACCUGGCUACCAUUAAGGCUCUGGUGUCCCGCUGCCGCGCCAAGGCCACGGCGUCGCAGUCCAGCGCCCAGUGGGGCCGGAUCACGACUGAGACGGCCAUCCAGCUCAUGGGGAUCAUGUGCGUGCUGUCUGUCUGCUGGUCGCCGUUGCUGAUAAUGAUGUUGAAAAUGAUCUUCAAUCAGACAUCAGUUGAGUACUGCAAGGUGUACACAGAAAAGCAGAACGAGUGCAACUUCUUCUUAAUAGCCGUUCGCCUGGCUUCACUGAACCAGAUCUUGGAUCCCUGGGUUUAUCUGCUGCUAAGAAAGAUCCUCCUUCAAAAGUUUUGCCAGAUCAGGCACCACACAAACAACCAUGCCUCCAGCACCACCUCAUUACCCCACCAGUGCUCCUCAACCUUGAUGUGGAGUUACCAUUUGGAAAGAUAAUGAAAGAAUGGAGUUGGACUUUUUUUUGCAGUUCCUGCUUUCUUGAGUUUAUGUAUUUCUCCCCACCUGAGAAGGAGAAUUGUAUAUUUUGAUUUGGGUUGUUUCUUCUUUUUCAUCUUUUUAAAAAUUUUUAAUGUUUUUUUUUCUUGUCAGUAAUACCCACUGAGACCAAGUUUAUUGUUAUAAUCUGUAUCUUUGAGUGUUAAACCAACUUCUUGGACUGGAUUUUGAGUAUACAUUUUAAGAAUUUGAGCAGGAUCGCAUAGACAUGACUCGAGAAAAAAAUGCAAAAAAGAAAAUCCCAUCUUCCCAGAGUUUUCCCUCAACUUCAGACCUUUACGUGAAUCUCAACUGAUAGGGACAUCUUAACAUGUUAUGGUUGUUGUGAUUUUACAAUAGGAGUUUGAAAAAUCAGAACAAAUUUUUGUCAGCAAAAAGCCUACCUAUUGAGAGCUAGAAUUCAAUUAAUAGGACAUAAACUUAAUGAGACAGAAAAGAAUGCCAGAUGAAGGAAGGAGAGUCCCAUGACCAAAGUUAUUUAUGCAAAACGUGUUAUUAAUGUUUUGGAGAUACUGUGUUCUUUUGGGCUAAGCUGGGAGCUAAAAGUCCUUAAGUCUGCAUUCUAGCUAUGUGUCAUUUAGUAACUCAGGAAUCAAUUUAAUUGUUAUUUCUCUGUCUUUGAUGAUGCAGCUAAGGGCUGAAGUGUCAUAGAAAACAAUAAUGAGGUUAGAUGAUUAAUUGUUGAGCUAGAGAAAUAAAAAAUCCAGGCACAGCUUCUGAUUCACCACUGUCAAUUCGGGAUUUCUUAUAAUUUCUUCUUGGGUGACAAACAGAGGGCAAAAUUAAUAAGUGACAUAGUUAUUAACUAUCAAAUUUUGUUUUUUUUAAAUAAAAGGAUCUAGUUUGUCUGAAUUGAAAUAAGAAAUCUGUGUAUUAAAAAAAUACUGAGGGAGUUCCCGUUGUGGCGCAGUGGUUA